AAAUAGUUCUGUAAUUUGUUCAUUACAGGUUACCGGAGUUUCAACCUCGAUCCGAACCGAAUCCAUACCCAUAAACACUAACACCGUCUUCUCUCUCAGACGAAGAAGGAAGUAACGAAGAAGCAUAGUAUAGCAUAGAUCUAAUUCAGAUUCAUUGCAAUUUUCAAUAAUUCACAUUUCAAUCCCUAGAUUUCUAGGGUUUCCGAUCUCUUCAUGUACCUAAAUUAAUGGCGUCAUUCCGACGGACGUUAUCUCCGGCGUAUCACGACCGUCACUAUAUAAACGGCGAUGGUACCGCCUUUUCACCGUCGUCUCCAUCUCACAAACUUCCAUCUUCAAACACAAACUACUCUGCAAUAGCGUCGUCGUUUCAGAGAUUAAUCGGUGGCGUUUUCAUGCGACGCUACAAUCGAAAGGGACAAUGGCGAAAAGUUGCUUUCAGGUGCGUUCUUUGUUUCUUCGUUGGGUUUUUAUUAGGUAUGUUCCCUUUCGGUAAUCUCAUUCAUGAAAUUCCUCAACAACAACGUGAAAACAACGACAAUAUCAUUGCUUUUGAUAUCAAUAAAACUCCACAAUCUGAUGCCAAAUCAAUUCUCAAUAAUCGCGUUUUGAAAAAGCACGUUAGCGUCGGUGGUGGUGACGCCGACGACGAGGAUGAGGAUAAGAAGGGUAAGGGUUUUAUGAUUGAACAAGUAAGUUUGAGCUCAAAUAUGAACGCUGAGAAGGAUAAUGAAAAUCUGAAAGAGAGGGAAUUGGGUGAAUCUGAGAAAAUUGAUAUUGUGGCGAGGAAGCAAUUGAUUAUUGUGACACCGACUUAUAACCGCUCCUUUCAGUCGUAUUUUUUGAAUAGGUUAGGACAGGUUUUGAGGUUGGUGCCGCCGCCGCUUUUAUGGGUGGUGGUGGAAAUGAAUUCUGCUUCUAUGGAAACUGCUGAAUUGUUGAGGAAAACGGGUGUGAUGUAUAGGCAUUUGGUGUGUACUAAGAAUUCAACGGAUGUGAAGGAUAGAGGAGUUCAUCAGAGAAAUAAAGCGUUGGAGCAUAUUGAACAUCAUAAACUUGAUGGGAUUGUUUACUUUGCUGAUGAUGAUAAUGUGUAUUCUCUUGACUUGUUUCAGACAAUCAGAGAUAUCAGUCGUUUUGGCACUUGGCCUGUCGCCAUGCUUGCACCAAGCAAGAACAAGGCUAUUUUGGAGGGUCCGGUAUGCAAUGGAAGCCAAGUGCUUGGGUGGCAUACAAAUGAGAAAAGUAAAAGACUUCGAAGAUUUCAUGUUGAUAUGUCUGGGUUUGCAUUCAACAGCACAAUCCUGUGGGAUCCAAAGCGGUGGCGGCGCCCUACUUCAAAUCCUAUACGGCAAUUAGACUCGGUGAAAGAGGGUUUUCAGGAGACCACCUUUAUUGAACAAUUGGUGGAAGAUGAGAGUCAAAUGGAAGGUUCGCCACCUGGUUGCAAGAAAAUAAUGAAUUGGCAUCUUCAUUUGAAUGUUCAUAAUAUAGUUUAUCCAAAGGGUUGGAUGCUUGAGAAAAACCUAGAUGCUGUCAUCCACAUCAAGUAAUCUUCCACCAAUUCUAUAGAGUGUGUGAUAGGUAUGGUCAGAUUUGUAAUGUGCCAUAAAGAAUUUUAUUUGUAAUUCUUAAGCAAAUGCAAAAGCCGCUAACUUCUAAAUCUCAGUUUUGUUAGUGGUGCUAUAGAAAAUAUAAUGUCGAUAACUUGAAAAGUUUGUCUCAUUCUAGGCUGUUGUAAUUGUAAGAGUAUCUCGUCAUCCUUAGCCCCUCCCCCAAAAAAGAGAGAAAAAUCCCCCAUUCUUUGGGUCCCAGCAACAACCUGAAAUUCAUGUAGUUCAAGAAAUUUUUAUGGGUUUGUUAUACUUUUUAACUGGAGACCAAUUUAACUUGUCUUUUGAUCA